AUGGCUGGAAAUGCGGAAAACAGCAGAGAAUUUAUGGAGAGGUUUAAGAUUUUGUUAGUUUUUACAGCAAGAGCUGUAGGAGGGGUGGUUUCCGCUGUGUGUUCCCACACCGGUAUUAGAUACCGCUUUACGAUUGAAGAGGACGGAUGGCAUUGGUAUAAGGCCAAUGAAUAUGAAGGUGCAAGCGAUGCUGAUGAUGAGCGCGGUGAGGAGGAAAGGAUAACGGUCGGGUGCAAUAUUGCAGCCCGCGAUCGCAGCCCCGGCUCAUCACGCCCGCCCAGUCAGGAGCACAUCUUGCCCCCCACAUUGGAGGAACCGGUAGGUGAAGAUUGGCCUGAAGAGAAUGGCCUGGCAGGUGAUGAUCUGCCUAUAACAGGUAGGAUAUUGUUAACGUAAAGCCCAUACGUGUAUAAAUUUUAGACAUGCAUAUUAAUACUUUAAUUUUUAUAGAUCGAGCUGAUCAAGAUGUUACAUCUCCGGAUGUAAGUGACAUUGAGUCACGAAAU